AUGUUGGACGCUACUGGAUGCACUCUUAUGACUGUCGUCUCAGUGAGUGACAAAGCUGGCAAAGACGAUGAGAGCAUCGCCGCCACACUCAAACGGAUCGGACCCAGCAAUGUGGCACAAGGGGCAUAUGUGACGGGAGAACCGCUAUGUGACGCCUGGUUGAGAAGUUUGACAGGAGACUUGUCACAAGAGCGUCACCCCGAGCGCAUCAAUCGCCCUACUCUCGAUCAGCUCAGAGAAUUGUCCAAACCUCUGCUAGAUGCUAGCAACAACCCUGCUGACGCGAAGUCUCUGAAAGGAUUGAUCAAAGAUGCCAAAUUGAAAGGCACGAUAACCCGAACCAAGUUCUUUACCACGAACACCGGACACUUCGGAUUCGGGCCAGUGGACAUGCAAGCUGGAGAUCGGAACAGCGAUGGCCGCGUCCGCCUCCUCGACUGGGUAUUUGUCCAUGGCAUCAUGGAUGGUGAGGCCCUGCUUGGACCUCUGCCAAAGGGCUGGAGUGUGCAUUACAAGCAGGUUGAUGGGCGGUGGAGCGCACGUUUCAUCGAUCCGGCUGGUGCAGAGCAUUUGGACGAUCCGCGACUCGGCCCUUUGCCCAGAGGUUGGAGUCGAAAGGAAGUCGAGAUUACGGCUGAUGAUCCGAUACAUGUUGACCACUUUGAGAAUAGGAAGACUGGCGAGGUCAUAAACUACGAUCCUAGGAUGUCUGUCGAGGCCAUUGAGGAGAGAGGCACGGAAUUGGAGACGAUACGUCUCGUCUGA